AUGGCAGAUCCAAAUCAAGAAAGGCGAUGGAAAGAAGAAUUUGUGAGAAGGAUGUUACAGAUUGAAGAACACGACAAAGGAGAAAACCACUACAAUGUUAUGACAAAAGAAUCUUACGAUAAAUUAGUGGACGAAAUUGAAGAAGCACAAUCAGCUGAGAAGAAGACACAGAAGCAGUACAGAAGAUUAAAUCGAUACAAGGUUGUUAAUAUUUGUGGGACCAGAAAGUUAGCGACAAGAAAAGAGCCUCUGAAGUACUACUUACGUGUCGAUGAAAUUUUUGACAUUGUUGAAGCAGUUCAUCAGGCUGUUGGUCAUGGAGGUCGAGACAGAUUAAAGGUUGAAACGUCAAGAAAAUAUGCAAACAUAACAGUGGAGAUGAUAAACAUUUAUCUGUCUAUUUGUGAAACUUGUCAGAGCAAAAGGAGCAUUAAAAAAAUGGGGCAUCUUUCGAAACCUACACUUCAUUCAGAAAUGAACAGUCGUUGCCAGGUUGAUCUGAUCGACAUGCAAACUCAAGAAGAUCGUGGAUUUAAGUAUACAAUCGUCUAUCAGGAUCAGGUGACGAAAUUUGUUUUGUUAUGUGCACUGCAAAGCAGGAGGGCAGAGGAAGUGGCACAUCAUUUAGCAGAUAUAUUUUUGCCAUACGGUGCUCCUUGUAAUUUACACUCUGACAACGGCAGAGAAUUUGUUAAUUAUGUCAAAAAACAAGCUGGCUGUAUUUUGGCCUGA